GGAGCUGUGCUUUGGCCACAGGAAGACCCUCCCCGAGUGCGUUGGGGGGUGGGGGCAGAAAUAGGAAGUCUUUUCCUUGGGAAUGCUCUGCCUUCCGUGGAGUCCAGAUCUAUUUCCUUUCUUUCCUUGCAACUGAGAUCAUUCUGCUUUCCGGAAGCCACCUCUGUGCAUGUAGGUCACAGGGAGCCUGGAGUUGGAGGGAAUGGCCCCUGGGAGCCUCAGACCUCCACCUCAGGAGUUAGUGACAUUCAAGGAUGUGGCUGUGGAUUUCACCCAGGAGGAGUGGGGCCUCUUGGACCAUCCUCAGAAGGAGUUGUACAAGGAGGUCAUGCUGGAGAAUGCCCAGAAUCUGCUCUCCCUGGGGCUUCCAGUUCCCAGAGAAGAUGUGAUCUCUUAUUUUGAGCAAAGAGAAGCACCAAAGAUGUUGGAGCCAGUAGCCCUGAGGAGCUGCUGUCCAGAAGGAAAGAUCAGACUUGAAAUAAAGAAAAGUAGUGCAGAGCUAAGCCUUUCUCUAGCAGAAAUUGACAAGCAAAUUUUCAUGAGUGACAGUUCCUGUGACGUCACUUGGAGAGAAAUCUGUGCUGCACAUGAGAGAAUACCCACUGGAGAGAAAAUGUGUGGUUGUAAUCAGUGUGGAAAGGCUUUUAGAUCCAGCUCCAAUUUUGCUGAUCAUCAGAGAAACAAGACUAAAAAGAAACCUUAUGAAUGCAAGCAAUGUGGAAAGGCUUUCAAAUGGAGGAAGAGUGUUGAUAGACAUCAGAGGAUCCAUACUGGAGAGAAAUCUUAUGAAUGCAAUCAGUGUGGAAAGGCUUUUAUACAAAAGUCUAGUCUUCACAAACAUCAGAGAAUCCACACUGGAGAGAAACCUUAUGCAUGUAAACAAUGUGGAAAGACUUAUAAACAGAGUAUUAGGCUCAAUGUGCAUCAGAGAAUCCACACUGGAGAGAAACGUUAUGAAUGUAAACAAUGUGGAAAGGCUUUUACAUAUAGGUCUAGGCUGAGGGAACAUCAGAGAAUCCACACUGGGGAGAAACCUUAUGAAUGUAAACAAUGUGGAGAGACUUUUACACAGAAGACUUAUCUUAAUAUGCAUCAGAGAAUCCACACUAGAGAAAAACCUUAUGAAUGUAAACAAUGUGGAGAGGCUUUUACACAGUGGAAUUACCUUAAUACACAUCAGAGAAUCCACACUGGAGAGAAACCUUAUGAAUGUAAACAAUGUGGAAAGACUUUUAUACAGAGGACUCAUCUAAGUAUGCAUCAGAGAAUCCACACUGGAGAGAAACCUUAUGAAUGUAAACAAUGUGGAAAGACUUUUACACAGAGGACUCAUCUUAAUACGCAUCAGAGAAUCCACACUGGAGAGAAACCUUAUGAAUGUAAACAAUGUGGAAAGACUUUUACACAGAGGACUCAUCUUAAUACGCAUCAGAGAAUCCACACCGGGGAGAAACCUUAUGAAUGCAAUCAGUGUGGAAAGGCUUUUACACUAAAGUCUAAUCUUACCAAACAUCAGAGAAUCCACACCUAAUUAAUGUAAGCAAUGUGGAAAGGCUUUUAGAGGAGGGUCUAAACUUUACGUUCAUCAGAGAAUCCAUACUAGAGAGAAACUUUAUGAAUGUAAACAGUAUGGAAAGGCAUUUACAGAAAGCUCCAAAGUGGAGAGUCUUUUACACAGAUGGCUUAUGUUAAUACACAUCAGAGAAUCCUCAAUGGAGAGCAAUUAUGCCCAAAGAAUUAUUAAACUGCCCCCAAAUCUGGGAUCUUUGUGUUUAUCAAAUACUAGGUUCAUUUGUUUCUCUAUGUUAUAUACUUAAUCUGUUCCAGUGAUCAACCUUUCUAUUUGUUACCCACAAUCAACUUAUUUGGGUGAUUUCAUCUUUGUGAUAGAGUUUGAGAUCUGGUACUGCUAGGCCCCCUCCCUUCUCAUGUUUCUUUCAUUGAUUGCCUGAUAUUCUUGUCCAGUUGUUCCUCUAGAUGAACUGUAUUAUUACUUUUUCUAGCUCUACAAAGUAAUUCUUUGGUGGUGUGAUUGGUAUGGCUCUGAAUACAUAAAUUAAUUUAGGUAGUCUCAUUUUUUAUAUUUUGGCUUUGAUUACCCAUGAAUGAUUAAUAUUUCUCAAAUUAAAGGAGGAAUGAUUUGGAUAAAAUAAGAAAUAAUUCUUGUUCAGGCAUUAGAUUCUACCCUUCAAGUAUUUUCCUAAGAAAAGCCUUUUUUCUUGGCCUUCUAAAUACUUUCAAACGGGAAAGACUGAGCAGUUAACAAUUAACAGUUAAAAGUUAACAGUGGGGGCGGCUAGGUGGCGCAGUGGAUAGAGAACCGGCCCUGGAGUCAGGAGUACCUGAGUUCAAAUCCGGCCUCAGACACUUAACACUUAGUAGCUGUGUGACC